AUGAACAUUAUUAUUUGGAACUACAGAGGGGCUCUCAAGCCUUCCUUUCAAGCAAACUUUCGUGAUUUGGUUGCUAACCAUGAUCCAGCUAUUUUUGUUGUAAUGGAGACUCGCAUUGGUAGUGAGAGGGCAAAAGUAAUUACGGACAAGCUGCCUUUCCAAUGGGCGAUCCACAUUGAUUCAAUUGGUUUUGCUGGCAGGCUCUGGUUUCUUUGGGACCCGGAUAGAGUUGAAGUCACUUACCUUGCUAGCACGGAGCAGGAGAUCCACACUCUGGUGAAGGUAAACUCCUCUUCCCUUAAUUGGAUUUUCACUGCUAUCUACGCUAGCCCAAGACAUAGAGAAAGAUGCAUGCUUUGGAAUAAUUUAAAUACUGUUGCUAAUUCACAUAAUUUACCUUGGAUUAUUGCUGGUGAUUUUAAUGAGUUGCUUUCCAAUGAUGAGAAACUUGGCGGUAGGCCGAUUAGCUUAUACAGGGCUAACCUCUUCAAAGAGUGCCUUGAUUCUUGUAAUAUGGCAGACCUUGGCUUUAACGGCCCUAGAUUCACUUGGACAAAUAAGCAUGAUAUUGGUACCUUCAUCCAAGAAAGGUUGGAUAGAUACUUUGCUAAUCCUCAGUGGUGCCUUCUUUAUCCAGAAGCUCAAGUAACCCACCUGCCUAGAUGCUCGUCUGAUCAUUGCCCUGUCCUAAUGGAAAUUCAACCAAAUCUUAAUCUUAGACUCAACAGGCCUUUCAGAUUCCAAAGUUUUUGGCUGGCAGAUGAUUCUUUUCCUAAUGUGGUUCGAGAAGCUUGGUCUAACAAUCCUGGUCUUUAUGACGCAAUUAAAAAAUUUACUACAAAUGCAGUAGAAUGGAACCGGGUUCAUUUUGGUAAUAUCUUUGCCAAAAAGAAGAGAGUUCUUGCUCGUCUUGGCGGUAUUCAGAGAGUUAUGGCAGAAAGGCCUUCCGGAUUUCUCAUUAAUCUGGAAAAGCAGCUUCAGAUGGACCUUUCGAACAUUCUUAACCAAGAGGAAGAGUUGUGGGCUCUUAAAUCCCGCAUUAACUGGAUGAUUCAAGGUGACCGGAAUACGUCCUUCUAUCAUGUGUCUACUCUCAUUAGAAGAAAGCACAAUAAGAUUCUCAAUCUCAAAGAUUCCCAAGGAAAGUGGAUAAAUGAUCUUCCUACUGUCAUGGAAUUUGUCAGGAAUAGUUUCUUGAAUCUUUUUACUACUGAUUUUUCAUCUUCCCCAAUUGCUGCUACUCUCAAUGAUUCCGCUUGUCCUCAGCUUUCAGAUGAUGAGUCACACCUCAUCAAUCUCCCUGUGAAGGAUGAAGAAAUCAAGCAUGUUGUUUGGUCUUUGAAGGCUUUAAAUCCCCAGGUCCCGAUGGUUUGCACGUUGGGUUUUAUCAGAGAUUUUGGCUAG